AUGAUGCUGGGCCAUCGUCUGGGUGCUGACUCCCUCAAGAAAGGUUCUGAGCUAGGUUUCGUUUGCUCAGACUGCGACAGGACCUACAAGCUGCGAAGCUCCCUGAGGAACCACCAGAAAUGGGAAUGCGGGAAGGAGCCAAGAUUUAAGUGCCCCUAUUGCCCCUACAAGGCUAAGCAGAAGAUGCACAUGGCCAGGCAUCUGCAGAAAGUACACAAAGACUUGGAAUAUACUGUGAUGAAAACUGAGGAGAAAAAGGCUGAAGAACUGCAGGCGAAGAGUGACGAGAAGGAAUUAGAGAAAAACGACUGA